AUGAAAAUAGAAGUGAAAGAAACGGAUAUGAAUUCAGAAAUGAUUCAAAAAAGCAUAAACAUUGUUCAAGAAGCACAACAACAAUUUAAACUUGAUAAGAUAAAAAUUAUUCUGGAAGAUAUCGCUUCUUAUAUCAAGGAUGAAUUUGAGAGAAAGUUUGGUCCAACUUGGCAUUGUGUGGUUGGAAAAAGUUUCGGUUCUCGUGUUUCAUAUGAAAUUCAGCAUUUUAUUUUAUUAAAAUCAAACUGUGUUUCUAUUAUGAUAUUUAAAUGCGACGAUCAAAGGGAAAAGCAUUAUUAUACAAAGAUUUGCUCAACAGCACCACAGUAUAUUAUUUUCGAUAUUGGAUAUUUUAGAAGAUUUUUCUUCUUAUCAAAGUCACAAACAAAUAAUUUUGAUGUUGACAAUUCGUCUCUGCAAACAUUGGCUCAAAAAAUUUUUACCAUUCAAGACUUCUGCUCGAUCAUUCAUUCAUUAUCUUUUCCAUUACUCAACCAUGACACUUUGCUUACUUUUGUCCGCUUUACUGUCAACAAAAAAGUUAUGGAAAGUGUAAAAGCAGACGAUUUACUCGAUCAAAUCUUUGCUGCACCUAUCAAUUUACCAACUGUGAAAUCUUUACAGUUAGAAACCAAUAAGGAAGAUGAUGGAAACGAAGUUUGUACAGAAGAUAAGGAUAUCUCCAAAUUACUGGACAGAACAAUCGUCACUACCGAGAAUGAAGCAAGCGAAUAUUCAGAAACACAAGAAUUUGAAAAGGCACAUCCAUACAAAUGUUUAGAAAAUGAAUAUUUUAUUAUUUUUCGAUUUAAGAACUUUUCUGAACAAGCUUCUGCGGAGAACUAUUUAAGACGUGAACCAGACUUUGAUCAGAAUUGUGUAUUUUCUACUAGUACUGUUUUAGCUAAAGAAUGUAACUUGAUAAUUUUGAAUGCAUUUUUCCAACAAACAUUUUAUACUUUACGGAAACAUUUUGGUGAGUUUGCUUUUAAUUUACAAUUCAAAAUCGUAGACAAUACAGAAUUAAACGAAACUAUAAACCAAGUACAUGUACAGGAAAUCAUUGAAGAAAAAAAUGCUGAACAAUCUUUUACUUCAAAAAAACCUCUUGAGAAGGUUCCUGAAAAAACUGAUAUUCAAGCAAGUAUCAGUUCAACUUAUUUAAAUACUGCGUUAAUGUUUGAAAAUGCGUCAGAAAUAAGAUAUUAUAAUGUCUUUCUUGUGGGACGACAGAUGGCUACAACAGCCCAUGAAAGAUUAUUACAGAAGCACAUUUAUGAAGACCGUGAAAAUGAAAAUGACAAAAUCGAAGAGUAUGAAAUAGAAAUUGAACAAAAAUCGGAAUAUAUGGAAGCAACGAAUGUUUCAAUUGAUAACGAGUUAUCUCAGAUUCAAAUAAGUGAAGCAACAGAUUUAAAAAGCAUAUCUGAAGAAAUACAAAACCAUUUAAACUUGAAAUCAAAACAAAAAAAUGAAAAAAUGGCAAGUGAAAAUGAGCAAUCGAAAACUAGCGAUGAAACUAAUUAUUUGCAAACUAAAGAAACUGUAACUUUUCUACCUGAAAAGAAAUCAGACAAUAAAAAUGGCCUAACAAAAAUCCAUUUACUCAAAUCUGUUUUCGAGAAUAACUCCUUGGACAGUGUUGAGAAACCUGUUCAACACAAGCAACAAAUUGAAUUAGUUGAGGAAGAAGACUAUGAUAAGAAUGAACGAUCAACAGAGAUUAAAACAAAACGAGAAGAAAUAGCAGAUUAUAGACAUGUAGAUCCGAUCACAAAACAUUACAAAGGAAAACAUUUUAAAAAGGGUGACGAGUGGAUGAAAAUUGAAAAGCAGCUCGAGGAGACGAUCCAGGAUGCAAGCGUAAAUGAAGGACUGGAUAAGUUCAAUUCUAUUCGUGUAGUUAGAAAUGUUCGUCAAUUCGUUAAAUUGUGGUGCAAACAGGGUAGACCAAGUGAGCCAAAGGUGCUUCCAAAACAUACAGCAUUAUCUGCAAUAAAGAUCGAAAGGUCACGCAUUCAUAAUAAUACACAAUUUCACACUUAUCAAACUUUCUUUCUGACUGAAAAUUUCAAUGUAGACGAGAAUUUGGAAAAUUAUUAUUGCGUGAUUUACUUGCUUACAAAUGCAGUAAAGGUCAAAGAAGCAGAAAAUAUUGCAACAACUGACGAACAAAAUGAGAUAAUGACAGGCUCAGUAUCGGUUUCUCAACGACGACAGAAUUUUGAAAAUAAUCAAAUGCUAAAACCGCGAGAGUUUUGCAAGAUACAUUUGAAAAAAAAAAAUGAUGAAGAAUCACUGGAAACAAUGGAUGAUAUGAUUAAUGAAAUGAAAAAGAAAGAAACGGAAUCAAAAUUAGAAGAAUUAGGUUCUAUCGAACAACGGAGACUAUUUUUUGAAAAGCAGUCAAGAAGCCCUAAAAAUUAA